CCUAUAGCCAGAAGCAGCAGAAGAUGCUUGGACCAAAAAUCCAGAGCCAUUUUCAUUCAAGAAAAAGAGAGGAUCCGCUGUGGAUUACUUGCUGACUGGGUGGACUGGCUACACCCGUCUGCUCAUUUCAGGCUUUUUUUUUCCCCCAGAAAAAAAACAACAAAAUCUCCUGUGUCCUCUUUUGAUCAUUUCAAAUUCGCAGCAAACCGGUUUUGUUCACAUCCAUAGACUGAUCACAGGAAUGAGUAUAGAAAUUCCUGAAGGACUGACGGAGCUGUUACAGAGCUUUACCGUGGAAGUAUUGAGGAAUCAGCCCAGGGAUUUGCUCGAGUUUGCGUUACAGUACUUCACCCAGCUGAAGGACAGCAAGACCAAAGAGGCCUCCUUUGGCAAUGACCAAAAUUCGGCCCCACGACCAGGAAAAGCGGUCAAUUUCAUUGACGAAGCCAUGCAGAUCGAUUCGGAAAACGGAGAGGAGGAGGAGGACGACGAUGACGAGGAAUUCAUAGCCCCAGUGAUAAACAGAUUCAUCAGAAGAGCAUCAGUUUGUGCUGAAGCGUUCAAUCCUGAUGAAGAUGAUGAGGACAAAGAGCCAAGGGUCACCUACCCAAAAACUGAUGAGCAGAGACAGAGACUACAGGAAGCAUGUAGGGACAUUCUUCUGUUCAAGAAUUUGGAUCCAGAAGAGAUGUCUCAGGUGCUGGACGCCAUGUUUGAGAAGUUCUGCACAGAAGGGGAGCACAUCAUUGAUCAAGAUGACGAUGGGGACAACUUUUAUGUUAUUGAAAGUGGGACGUUCAACAUUUUCGUGAAGGUUGAUGGCACGGACAAGCUGGUAGGCUGCUAUGACAACAGAGGCAGCUUUGGAGAACUGGCGUUGAUGUACAACACCCCCAGGGCAGCCACAAUAAUCGCCACCUCGCCUGGAGCCCUUUGGUGCCUAGAUCGUCUGACAUUCAGGAGGAUCAUAGUGAAGAAUAAUGCCAAGAAGAGAAAGAUGUACGAGGCGUUCAUCGAAACACUACCGCUGCUUACAUCGUUAGAGCUGUCAGAGAGAAUGAAGGUAGUAGACGUGCUAUCCACCAGGGUGUACAGUGAUUCACAGCAGAUUAUUGCUCAGGGUGAUUUAGCAGAUUGCUUCUACAUUGUUGAGUCUGGCCAAGUUAGAAUCACCAUGAAAAGAAGCCGGACAAAAAAAGACCAGGAGGAAGAGGAGGUGGAUAUCACCACAUGCUCAAGGGGCCAGUAUUUUGGGGAGUUGGCUCUUGUCACAAACAAACCCAGAGCUGCAUCUGCCUACGCUGUGGGGAGUGUCAAAUGCUUGGUCAUGGACGUCAAAGCCUUCGAGAGAUUGCUAGGCCCGUGCAUGGACAUCAUGAAGAGAAACAUUGCUAACUACGAGGAGCAGCUGGUGACCCUGUUUGGAAGUAGCCCUGAGAUUGAGCAACAAAGUGCAUGAGGUGAUUCCAAUGGACCUUGAAAUGGGGAAAAAAAAGGCUUGUAUGGAUGUUUUCCCCAUAAUCACUAAAACAGCUUUUCUUACAAGAAAUGUGAAUAUCCACCACACUACAACAUUUGAGUGUCAGAUAUUUAAAACAGACUAGGUCAGAUUCCCACGUGAGGCGAGGUUCAGUUUAGUAGAGUUUGCCACAGAACGCUGAGACUGAAGUAAGCCAAAGCGGAGUUGCUUAAAGCUUGUUUAAAUGACAUUUCUCACGACUCUCACCUUAAAAAUGUAACUGUGCAUUUUACUUGUCAGUGUCAGGUGCAUUAUUUGUUUGUAAAUUGAACACUUUUGUUAACUUUUCACCUUUUCUCCACAGUGUUAUAGCUACACCUACAGUAUGAUAUCGUUUGUAAAUUUCUAAACAUCAUUUGUUCAAAUCAGAUGCCAAAGCUAAUUUCUUACUGGACAAUUUUGAGCGAUUAUGUCACAUUUUCUUGUGCACUGGUAUGAGAGCCCCGACCUGAGAAAGGACAAACAGUUUUUAAAUGAACAACAUCUUUCUCAUUUUGAUUACAACAGAAUGUAGACUUGGCAGUACCUUAACAUUUUUACAAAAAUACGUUUCUGUUUAGUGUGACAUUGAAUCCCUUGAAUACAUGCUCAUAAACUAUUUCAUUGUUGGUAAGUGUUUGUGGCUGUUAGCCUAAUACUAUGCUUUUACAACAAAGCAGACUUCAGAGAGAUAGCUGAUAGUUUUGUAAGAAUAUACAACACAUUGCUGUACAAUUUUAAAACUGAGUAUUUACUGUUACGAUAUAGGCCCACUUUUAACUGAAUAAGUUGCCCCACUAGAUUGUAGUCAUUAUAUGCGAUGUCUGAAGACAAUUGAUUUUUCUGUGUUUUAAUGUAAAAUUUAGGUCAUACUGUUUUUGUGUGGGUGAAACAUACAUUAUUAAGACAUUCAUUAUUGCUGUCUACCUCUGCCAACAACAUAUAAUGUUUCCAUUCAACAGAAAUAUAAAGUGGGUUCUUUCUUCUUCUUCUUCUCUCUCUCUCUUUUUAAAUUAACAAUUGAAGUCUUCUGUAUUUGUCUGCAGCUUAAAUUUAAAUUAAAAACUCGGUUUAAACAUGCUGGUUUUAUUUCCCCCUCCUCGUUGUACUGGUAAUUUUUGAAGGCAAAACCACAAUACUGGCUAAAAGUACUGUAUGUUUCACUUUUCAUGUAAAUAAAGAACAUUUUAUA